CGCCGCUCAGGCCUAGGAGCGGACGGUUCCUACUGCGGCUGGGAACCGGCUGGGCUCCCGCGUCGGCCCGCGCUCCAGCUGCGCUCGGUCCGGCCCCGGCCCGGCUCGGCCCGGCCCCGGCCUCCGAGCGAAGGCGCCGCUGCCACUGGGCCGCUCCUAAGGCCAUGAGGAGGCGGUGGCAAACACUGUGGCACGCGUCAAGGUGACCGGCCGGGACUGCGGCGGCUGCGAGAGCGGCGGAAUUCUCCAGACAGGUUAUGUCACCGGCAGAGGCUGCCCUGAAGCUCCCUGCAGCCUGGAGACUAUGUAUAAGAAGAAUGGUCUGAUGGCUAGCAUGUUGGUCACCUCCGCCACCCCACAGGGCAGCAGCAGCUCGGACUCUCUGGAGGGCCAGAGCUGCGACUAUGCCAGUAAGAGCUACGAUGCUGUUGUCUUCGACGUCUUGAAAGUGACCCCAGAGGAGUUUGCCAGCCAGAUUACACUAAUGGACAUCCCCGUGUUUAAAGCCAUCCAGCCGGAGGAACUAGCCAGCUGUGGAUGGAGUAAGAAGGAGAAACACAGUCUUGCCCCCAAUGUCGUGGCCUUCACCCGGAGGUUUAACCAGGUCAGUUUUUGGGUUGUACGAGAAAUUCUAACAGCACAGACUUUAAAAAUAAGGGCAGAAAUCCUGAGCCAUUUUGUGAAAAUAGCCAAGAAACUUCUAGAACUCAACAACCUUCACUCUCUCAUGUCUGUGGUGUCGGCAUUACAAAGCGCGCCCAUCUUCAGGCUGACAAAAACCUGGGCUCUUUUGAAUAGAAAAGACAAGACCACCUUUGAGAAAUUGGACUACCUGAUGUCUAAAGAAGAUAAUUACAAGCGGACUCGGGAAUAUAUUCGAAGCCUGAAGAUGGUUCCCAGUAUUCCCUAUCUAGGGAUCUAUCUUCUGGAUUUAAUCUACAUCGAUUCUGCAUAUCCUGCCUCAGGCAGCAUCAUGGAAAAUGAACAAAGAUCCAAUCAGAUGAACAAUAUUCUCCGAAUAAUUGCUGAUUUACAAGUUUCCUGUAGCUACGAUCACCUCACCACCCUGCCCCACGUGCAGAAGUACCUGAAGUCUGUACGCUACAUUGAAGAGCUCCAGAAAUUUGUAGAGGAUGACAACUACAAACUGUCACUCAGAAUUGAACCAGGAAGCAGCUCUCCACGGCUAGUCUCGUCCAAGGAAGACCUUGCAGGCCCAUCUGCUAGCUCCAGUUUUGUGAGGUUCGGCCGGAGGCCCACCUGUCCUGAUGCAUCUGUUGCUGGCAGUCUCCCCACACCUCCUGUCCCCAGACACAGGAAGAGCCACAGCCUGGGCAACAAUAUGAUGUGUCAGUUGAGUGUAGUUGAGAGUAAAAGUGCGACAUUCCCAUCGGAGAAAGCGAGACACCUACUGGACGACAGUGUCCUAGAGUCCCGCAGCCCCCGCAGGGGCCUCACUCUCACCUCCUCCUCUGCUGUCACCAAUGGACUCUCCCUAGGCAGUAGUGAGAGCUCAGAGUUUAGUGAAGAGAUGUCUUCAGGGCUGGAAAGCAGGGGACGUCUCUAUGCCACGCUGGGGCCCAACUGGCGUGUUCCUGUUCAGAAUUCUCCCAGAACCCGGAGUUGUGUCUACAGCCCCACCGGCCCGUGCAUCUGUACUCUGGGAAACUCAGCAGCAGUGCCCACCAUGGAGGGGCCUCUGAGAAGGAAAACCCUGCUCAAGGAAGGACGGAAGCCUGCGCUGUCCUCAUGGACCAGGUACUGGGUCAUACUCUCAGGAUCCACCCUCCUGUACUACGGAGCCAAGUCCUUGCGGGGCACAGACAGAAAACACUAUAAAUCCACACCUGGCAAAAAGGUUUCCAUCGUGGGCUGGAUGGUGCAGCUGCCUGACGACCCCGAGCACCCGGACAUCUUCCAGCUGAACAACCCUGACAAAGGCAAUGUUUACAAGUUUCAGACUGGUUCUCGAUUCCAUGCAAUACUAUGGCACAAGCAUUUGGACGAUGCAUGUAAAAGCAACAGGCCUCAGGUACCUGCAAACCUUAUGUCAUUUGAGUAAGUCUCUGCAGGACGUGGCAUGACUUCAGAGGCUUCUGGGAGCCCAGGCUGGGCCUGGUGGAGAAGAGCAGUCCUGGGCACAGGCUGUGGGCCGGGGUGCUGGGAGACUCACAGCCAGACUCAGGCGACAUGGCCUAUGGCCUUGCAGUCCCAGAGUGGGAUCCACCUGUCAGUCCCCAGUGACUCUCAUGGCACUCAUUCUGCAACAUCACCUCUUGGGGCAGUGGCCGGACCCCAACUGUAUACCCUGCCCUCCCUCUCUGGGCCCCCAUCUGUCCACCAGCUGCUUCUGCGACUCGAAAGCAUUCAGCCCACGUUGGGUGCCCAGUGCUUUCUGCUGUAUCAAGAGCGGGCAGUGCCAACCUUGAGAGGGGCCCGAGCAGAGGAGCAGGCUAUGGAACAGGCUUUUUAUACCCCAAGUGGAUGGGGUUGCUCGCCCACAGGGCUGCCUCAGAUUUUGUACAACCCCUGAAGCAUCCUCUGCGUGUGCGUGCCGUACACAUGUGCGUGCAAGCGAGUGUGAACUCUUUGAGAAACAUGCAUUUUGGCACAAGACUUAUGACAUCACAUACGUCAUUUGCUUUGAGGCCCUGCUUUGACCUUAGGUUACCACCUUAUCCACCGAGGAAGGUGAGAGCAAGAGCCCAGAUCCCUCCCGUAUUAAGGGUCCCUUGCAUUCUUUUACUGU